AUGGAGGACACGAGCGCACAGAGUCAGCUGCGGCAGCCGAAGAAGAGGUUCGUGGGCCGUCGUACCGCAGAUGCCCAGACUCAGAAGGAUCCGGCUAGUUCUGAUUUUGAGUCAACGCAGGUCCAGAAAGCUGCACCUAGAAGGUCAGCCCGGACUCUGAAUCAAGUGCCUCCCGAGAUCCUCAACGACCCGGAAAUACAAGAAGCCAUGGAGCUUCUCCCCAAAAACUACUCGUUCGAGAUCCCCAAGACAAUCCACCGAGUGCGCACUUCCGGAGCCAAGCGCGUGGCUCUUCAGUUUCCAGAGGGUCUUUUGAUCUUCGCCACGACUAUCUCCGAUAUCUUGACACAGUUUUGCCCCGGAAUCGAGACCCUCAUCAUGGGUGAUGUCACUUACGGCGCCUGCUGCAUUGACGACUAUACUGCGCGAGCUCUUGGCUGCGAUCUGCUCGUCCACUACGCCCACAGUUGCUUGAUUCCCGUGGAUGUUACCAAGAUCAAAACUCUAUAUAUUUUCGUCGAUAUCAGCAUCGACACUACCCACUUGAUGGCAACCCUUGAGCGUAACUUCAAGCCCGGUCAAACUAUUGCCACCGUCGGCACGAUACAGUUUAACGCAACCCUCCACGGAUUGAAACCUGUUAUGGAACGUGCAGGUUUCAAAGUAGUCAUCCCACAGAUAAUGCCUCUCUCAAAGGGUGAAAUUCUGGGCUGCACAUCACCCCAACUCACUACUGAGAUCGAUGCUCUUCUCUACCUCGGCGAUGGACGCUUCCACCUCGAGUCCGCCAUGAUUCACAACCCCACUACUCCCGCAUACCGCUAUGAUCCUUACUCGCGCACCUUAACUCGUGAAGGCUAUGACCACAAUGAGAUGCACACCCUGCGGCGCGACGCGAUUGCAUCUGCGAAGACUGCCCGCAAAUGGGGCAUCAUCCUGGGCUCUCUUGGCCGCCAAGGAAACCCCAACACGAUGGCAAUGAUUGAGCGCCAUUUGGAAGAGCGCGGCAUUCCAAUUAUCAAUCUUCUUCUGAGCGAGAUUUUCCCUGGUAAGCUGGCUUCCAUGGCCGAUGUCGAGUGCUGGGUUCAGAUCGCUUGUCCCCGUCUCAGUAUUGAUUGGGGUUACGCAUUCCCGCGCCCAUUGUUGACACCAUACGAAGCGCUCAUCGCGCUUGGGAUUCGUGAGAACUGGGACAGUGCCAACAAGGGCAUUUAUCCCAUGGACUUUUACGCGAAGGAUGGAUUGGGUCGCACGAAGCCUGAGCAGGCUGUGCGUGCUGCCUAA